AUGUUGUACCGCGACUUCACAGCAAACAAGCGAGCUACAGCAGACAAGCAAGCCUAUGACUACAUACAUUCAGAAAGUGCGUUAAAAAACAUACAUUCAGAAAGCAAAAGUAAAAGGAAGCCAAUCGUUGGUGUCGCUCAUCAUGUAUCGUUUACACGGCCCUAUGGUCUAUUUGAUGUUGCUGCUGUCACACUGGCUAAUUCAUUGACCCUUUUCCCUUACAUUGAUAGCAUAUGUGAUAAAUUGGAUUUUAUUGGCAUCAACUACUAUGGGCAGGAGGUGAUAUCAGGCUCUGGUCUAAAGCUCGUGGACAAUGAUGAGUACAGUGAAUCUGGUCGUGGUGUUUAUCCUGAUGGGCUGUUCCGUAUCCUGAUUCAGUUUAAUGAACGAUACAAGAGCUUGAAUAUACCUUUUAUAAUUACUGAAAAUGGAGUUUCUGACGAGACUGAUCUGAUUCGGAAACCAUAUAUUCUGGAGCACCUGUUAGCCAUUUAUGCUGCAAUCAUUAUGGGUGUGCCUGUGCUUGGUUAUCUAUUCUGGACGAUGUCAGAUAAUUGGGAAUGGGCAGAUGGUUAUGGUCCCAAGUUUGGGCUUGUAGCUGUUGGUCGUGCUAACAACCUAGCACGUAAACCUAGGCCUUCAUACUAUUUAUUCUCCAAGGUUGUUAAACUGGGAAAAUUACAAGACAGGACAGGCUGGGUGCUUGGAGGGAGCUGCAACAAGCAGCAUUUCAGAAGAAAACACGCCCAUUUUUCAGGGCAGUAG